AUGAGUACAUUCAAUAUUACCUGGGUCGAGGCCGUAAACAGGGCCAAUAGCCAUCCCAAGCUAUCAAUCGAUGACCUCUGGCAGGGGUGUGUCCUACUUGCCCGUUCCCCUCAGGUAUUCACCAGCGCUAUUUCCGCCUGUGAUAUCCCCUCAAUUUCCAGCGACAAUUUUACCAGGACUGUACACUUUGGCCAAGGUCCCGUGGACAGAAUGGAGCAGGAAAUUACGUUGGUGGACAGACACAAGGUACUUCUCCCUGUUCUCAUCCCUACAACUCCCCUGACCGAACGGCAGUUCGAAUGUACUGUCCCAGACACCGGCAACCGGGUCACUACGACCAUUUGCCACGGUGUCUCUGAGUCUCCGGAGGACCUUUAUCUGUCAUUCGAGUACAGCAUACCGUACGGGAAGGUUAGUCCGGAGGGGGAGGAAGGGGCAAAGCUUCGGGCAAUGUACCGUUUGAAAGCCAAGGACAACCUGGUGACGGGACUGGCCACCAUGCGAGACCUCAAGUCUCGUGGGAAGCUGGCAUAG